UCACCUGCGUGAAAGCAGGACCCCCUUGUCUCCGUGGUCCCUCCCACUCCCGCAGCCCACCAGUGUGGCGCUCACAGCCGCUCCAUCACGGGUCGACUAACGGCUGCAAGCUGGAGAAGAACACGGAAAAGCGAAGCGAACACCGCGGUACCAUGGGAUAACAACAACAAAACAGCCACUUUUCCUGGAUUUGGCUGCUGCACCGCGUCGUGUGAGGGGCUCAGAUGUUGUCGUCGCUUCGCAUCAAUUCUCCUUGAGGAGCUGCGGGUACAAAGACAGCAGGUCCUGAGCUCCAACACCUGAGAGCUGCUCGACUCGUCCACUUGCAAGACGGACCGUGGCAGCCGCCUCCUUCAGACCAGCUGGGACUGCGAUUAAACCAGGCAGGAUUCAGACACUUUCGUUUGACUUUCUUUUUUCCGUGAUCCAGACCACCCGCUCACUGGAGGUCUCUGAUGCUGACAUUGUUCUCUUCCGGACGUUCUCUCUGGAGUGACCUUUUGUGGAAUAAUGCGCAACAAAGACGGUGGAAUUGUACUUUUUCUAAUGUUUGCCUCACGCCAGCAUAGUCGGACUGAACAGCUGGUUCCACUUCAAAUGCAUUGUUGUGAAAGAAGCCAACCCAAGUGUCAGGCAUCUAUAGCUCCUGCGGUCUAGGUGAUCGAGGUGAUAUCAUCACCUCGGUGGCCAUUGUUAGCGACAAAUAUUGUACAGUAGACAGCAAUUCAAUCCCUUUGCCUGGUGUCCAAGUAGAAAAGCACAAUAUGGUGGAGCCGGUGGGAUUCAUUGAAGCGUGGAAAGCACAGUUCCCUGAGUCAGAUCCCCCUAAGAUGGAGCUCAGGUCAGUUGGUGGAAUUGAACAAGAAUUAGAGAAGUGCAAGGCGUCCAUACGGCGCCUAGAGCAAGAAGUCAACAAGGAGCGUUUCCGGAUGAUCUACCUACAGACUCUUCUUGCCAAGGAGAGGAAGAGCUAUGACAAGCAGCGGUGGGGCUUUAGAAAGACCCCUUUGAAUGAGGGGGUGGACCCUGCAGCAGCAGCACAAGGAGCAGAGUCGCAGUCUCAGCAGCCACAUGUGCAGGAGACUGGUGGAGUUGGUUAUGGUGUUCCCAUUGGUGAUCGGAGUCGUUUUCAGCCUCUCGCAGAUGGAGCAGGUAGAACCAAACCAAGACCACCACCUGCCAGGAAGUCCGCCUCCCAUGGAGACGGCCUGGAGUCUGCCUUUGAGGUCCCCCAACAGGCUGAGUCAACCUCCUGUGACAACUUGGAUGGACUGUCUCCGUCGAAGCAGAGAGGCGGCGUUUCCGUUUCACCUCGCCGGCCCAAUCUUCCACCCCCAGAGAUCUCAGACCCCAAGGACAAGUUGGGAAUGGGACUUGGUGUAGCAGCUCUUCGGUCCAAUUUUGAGAGGAUCAAAAGGGCAAACUCACACUCCGCAGGUGAUGCAGUGAAAGGACAAGAGAAGCUGCCUCCACCACCUUUCUAUACCAACAUGGAAUUUCACCAUGAAAGGGGUCUGGUAAGGGUUAAUGACCGUGAUGUCUCCGACAAGAUCAGCUCUCUUGGCAGCCAGGCGAUGCAGAUGGAGCGAAAAAGAUCCCUGCAUUCACUACCAGGUAACUUGGCAACUGUAGCAGGGGACCUGCGCCCUAAGCCAGUGUACAGAGGUCGUUCCACCGAGAGUACAUGUGGUUAUGAUGCAGAAUAUGAAGAUGGAGAGCCAAAUCAGAGACAUUCUGGUAGGGCCAAUGGUGGCAAGCCCCCACCACCCCCUUGGCAACCGUCUGACUUCCAGGCAUACUCCAGUGUCUACGUCGGUGGGGUGAUGAUGGGUGAAGGUGGCAGCGGGGACAGCAGGAGCAGUGGUGUAGGUUCCAGUGGAGUCACAAUGAGAGAGCACAUGGGAGGAGAUGACCAUCUUUUGACAUGGCCACGGCGCUCAUACUCCCCAGGGAGCUUUGAGGAUGUUGGCGGAGGUGGCGGUUACACACCUGACUGCAGCUCCAACGAGAACCUGACGUCAAGUGAGGAGGACUUUUCCUCUGGUCAGUCCAGCCAUGUCUCACCUAGUCCCACCACUGCUUUCCGAAGGCCCUUCAGGGAGAAAAGUCGCUCGCCGUCUCAGAACUCUCAAAACUCCCAACACUCUUUUGACAGUAGCAGCCCACCGACUCCUCAGUCGCAAAAGCGUCACCAUCGGCAGCAGGGAGGUCAUGUGGUCAUGUCCGAGGCCACUAUAGUGAGUGUACGGAAGACUGGACAAAUCUGGCCACCUGCUAUCCAUCACGACCUCCUGCCCCACGGCAGACCCUCACAUGACAACAGUUUCCACGGAGACCAUCUUGACGGACAUUACACAGGAAUGCCGCCGUCAUACGGGUACGAUGCUGAUCGAGCAGAAGAGCAGAGACGGCACCACGACAUCCUUCCAUACAUCGAUGACUCACCAUCAUCUUCACCACAUCUGAGCUCCAAGAGCAGAAGCAGUCGGGACACCCUCUCAUCAGGUUCCCUGGAGUCUUCGAAAUCGACGGAAUGUGACUUAGAAAAAGGUCUGGAGAUGAGAAAGUGGGUCCUGUCUGGGAUUUUGGCCAGUGAAGAAACGUACCUGAGCCACCUGGAAGCAUUGCUGCUGCCCAUGAAGCCACUGAAGGCGGCAGCGACCACAUCUCAGCCGGUGCUGACCGUGGCCCAGAUAGAAACCAUCUUCUUCAAAGUGCCUGAACUUUAUGAGACACACAAGGAGUUCUAUGACGGCCUUCUGCCACGUGUCCAGCAGUGGAGCCAUCACCAGCGAGUGGGGGAUCUCUUCCAGAAAAUGGCCAGCCAGUUGGGGGUUUACCGGGCGUUCGUGGACAACUACGAACUUGCGGUGGAGACGGCGGAGAAGUGCUGUCAGGCCAACACGCAGUUUGCGGAAAUCUCUGAGAAUCUGAAGGUGCGGAGCCCAAAAGACUCAAAGGACCAGACUGCCAAAAACUCUCUGGAGGCUUUGCUGUAUAAACCAGUGGACCGAGUCACAAGAAGCACUCUCGUACUUCAUGACUUGCUGAAACACACCCCCACGAGCCACCCAGAUCACCCGCUUCUACAGGACGCCUUACGGAUUUCUCAGAACUUCCUGUCCAGCAUUAAUGAGGAGUCCACACCCAGACGCCAGUCAAUGACCGUAAAGAAGGGAGAGAACCGUCAGCUACUGAAGGAUAGUUUCAUGGUGGAGUUGGUGGAGGGAGCCAGGAAGCUGCGACACGUCUUCCUGUUCACCGACCUGCUGCUCUGCGCCAAACUGAAAAAGCAGAUGGGAGGCAAAAACCAACAGUACGACAGUAAGUGGUACAUCCCACUCACGGAGCUGACCUUCCAGGGCCCAGAGGACCCGGAACCGCUCACCAUCCCCCAAGUCCCUGAUGAAGAGCUAGACGCCAUGAAGGUCAAGAUCUCCCACCUUCGCAGUGAGAUCCAGAGAGAGAAGAGGGCCAACAAGGGAUCAAAAGUCAUCGACCGUCUCCGGAAGAAGCUGUCUGAACAGGAGUCGCUGCUGCUGCUAACAUCUCCCAGCAUGCCGCUGCGGGUCUACAACAAGAACGGGAAGUGUUACAGUUUUUUGAUUUCCUCCGACUACGAACGAGCUGAAUGGAGGGAGGUGUUGAAAGAACAGCAGAAGAAAUGUAUUAAAACGACUUCCUUAACAUCCAUGGAGCUCCAGAUGUUGACUAACUCCUGCAUCAAGCUGCAGACUGUCCAUCAAAUUCCGCUUAGUAUGAAUAAGGAAGAGGAUGAAUCCCCUGGUCUCUGCGGGUUCCUGAAUGUAAUCGUCCACUCUGCCUCCGGCCUCAAACAGAGCCUGAACCUCUACUGCACACUGGAAGUGGACUAUUUUGGUUUCUUCUCCAAUAAAGCCAAGACGAGAGUGUACCGUUACACCACGGAGCCCAAAUGGAACGAGGAGUUUGAGAUUGAGCUGGAGGGCUCUCAGACCCUGCGGCUGCUCUGCUAUGAGAAAUGCUAUAACAAGACGAAGCAGAACAAAGAGGAUGGAGAGAGCACGGACCGCAUCAUGGGGAAAGGACAGAUCCCGCUGGACCCACAGGCUCUUCAAGGCAAGGACUGGCAGAGAACCGUGAUUCCCAUGAAUGGGAUUGAGGUCAAACUGUCCAUGAAGUUUACCAGCCGAGAGUUCAGCUUGAAGAGGAUGCCCUCACGGAAACCGAUGGGAGUAUUUGGAGUCAAAAUCUCUACAGUCACUAAACGGGAGCGCUCCAAGGUCCCUUACAUCGUCCGCCAGUGCCUGGAGGAGAUCGAGAGGAGGGGCAUGGAAGAGGUGGGCAUCUACAGAGUUUCAGGAGUCGCCACUGACAUCCAGGCUCUGAAGACUGCCUUCGACACCAAUAACAAAGACGUGUCAGUGAUGAUGAGCGAGAUGGAUGUCAACGCCAUCGCCGGGACUUUAAAGCUCUACUUCAGGGAGCUGCCGGAGCCGCUUUUCACAGACGAACUUUACCCUAAUUUUGCAGGUGGCAUCACUCUCACUGACAGCGUCGCCAAGGAGAGCUGCAUGUUGAACCUGUUGCUGUCGCUGCCAGAACCAAACCUGGUCACCUUCCUCUUCCUCCUGGACCACUUGAAGAGGGUGGCAGAGAAGGAGAGCGUCAACAAGAUGUCCCUCCAUAACCUGGCAACAGUUUUCGGACCAACCUUGUUGAGACCAUCGGAGAAAGACAGCAAGAUCCCUGCGAACCCGACACAACCUAUCAGCAUGGGGGACAGCUGGUCCCUGGAAGUUAUGGCUCAGGUUCAGGUGUUGCUCUACUUCCUGCAACUGGAGACGAUUCCAACACCAGACAGCAAACGACAGAGCAUUCUCUUCUCCACAGAAGUAUAGACAGACUUAACAGACUUGGGUCAAACGUUUUUUUUUUAUUGACUUGGUGGAGUAAGUACAUUUUCUCAAGCACCAGGGGGCGCCAUUUCACCUCACAGGAGCCACACUUCUCAAAUUACGAUACGCUUUAAAUGAGUGUAGUCUGGGUCGUUCUUCGGGAACGAUCAUUCAGGACAGUCACCAGCCUUGGAAGAAAGAUUCCCACCUCACUAUUGACACAUGGUCCCAGGAAGUGCUGGCGAGUUUUUCCAGAGCUGCCACUGACUUCUCUGCCACAGGAAUCCAAGGCCUGUUUGUUGAAAAUGUUUACAACGUAAACAACCUGCUUUGAGAAGUACUGCACCGCUACAACUUGAAGAAUCCAACAGGGAACAGACGCCCGACUUAGAAGCAAAUGUCCUCUAUUUGUGUCGUUUCUGUCCCCGGUACGGCUUAAAUCUCUGGAAGCAAUAUAUUUUAUAAGGUAGGAAUUGUCUGUGUUCAUAUCUUUGCUGACGAUAGGACAUUUUUGCCAAAUUAACGCCGUUUUGCUUAUUUCUAGGAGAAAAUUGAGCAGUUGUAUUUACAGCCUGUACAUAAACUUGAAAGUUUUUUGCGUUUGUUUUUUGUGAACGACUAUAAUUAUUGAUGUAAUUUAUUCGGGGAGAUCUGUUUUUUUUUUUUUUAUGUGUGCCCUUUGUGGGUCGGUCGAGACAGUGGUAGGUUUUAGCCUUGACUUGAAGUCUUGCAGUAAAUUAGCAGGAUUUUGCCUUUUCUUUGGAGGACAAUGCGUCUUGUUCAUUCUGUCCAGCCUGGUGUGCGAUGAGAACACAUGCGUUGCCACUUCCGAUUUUAAAACUACUGUUACGAUUUAAGUGACCUGAUCACUCCUGUCUUUCUCUCUGUGAAGAACCGACCUAAAACGUUAUGUUGCCUUUUAUAGUUCUGCGUCUUGUUGUAUUUAUGGUGAUGACAAACACUCUUUGUUUAACAUGCAGGCAUGUUUUUCAACAUUUCCGAACCCCCUCUAUCACCAGAGCCCAAGCCAGAGCCAUGGACUGAGGUGAACCUCUUUGUCAGUCUGCACAAAAAGGGCUUGCUUGUAGUUCAGGUGAAAACAGGAAGUCAUAUCUGCACAAAAGAUUGAAGGCAAAUCUUAUCAUGUUAACAGGUUUUACUGAUGUUACAGCACAUGACUCUUCCCAGAGUUUUGACCGUGAGACAUGUUCCUAAAUUGUGCCCCAUUUUUUCCUCGUUAAAUCACGUCGAGCUGCCUUCAGAACAGUCCUCCCUCACUCCGUCACUAAGAGUUCAUCUUUUCAGCCUCGCCUAUUCUCAAGAAAUCCCAAAUGCCUCACGACUCGACCCUCUCGUGCCUCGUACACUUGUUUUCUUUCAACGCCUGUGAAACUGGAUGGUUUGAUAGCUUCAGCCUCCUGUUGCCUUUGCUGAGGUCAGCAAAACAUCAUCUCCGAGACUAAGACGGGACCUGGAACUUCACGAGUCUUAGUUCAUCAAAUUCAUGAACCGAUGCUGUAGACAAAACCGUAAUCGCCUGAGUCCUUAUUUAGCUUUUUCAAAUUGAGCUCCUCUUCUUUUUUCAAUUUUUAUUUUUUGUGUUGGUCUGAAGGAAAACGCUUCAAACAGGUCAUGUUUCUGUUGGAGACUGACACAUCAUCAGCUCAUCUGUGACGUAGACAAGCAACACUGUGAUUGUUCCAACUGCUCCAUUCAGAGGUCCAUUCUGUCAGUCGACAUACCCCAAAUAUUUGUACAAAAUGUAUCAUAGGAGAUAACGUAAUUUGGUUUCCAUCUUAUUUAUUGUGCCGUUCACUGACGGAUGUGUUCGAGGAGAGUCUUAAUAUUUGUUCCUGAUUGUCGGGAGAAGCUCCCUGUGCAAAUUCACGGGGAAUUUUAUUUACUUUUAAUGAUUACAAUGUGGCUUCUUCCACUUUUUAUUUACCUAAUCUUAAACCUUUUCGGGCCUUGUUGCCACCCAGUGUUCUGCUCGUGGAACUGUACAAAGGUAAACUGCAUUCUGAGGACAAACAUGAUUGGCGUUUGUACUCGAAAAAAAUGUCAAAUAAAAU